AUGGCUUGGAGAUCGAGUGGCUCGAGCAAUGCGGAGCUCGUUGAAAACUUGAGAAAAAAUGGAGUGUUCAGCAAUCAAAGAGCCUACGAUGCAAUGAAGGCCGUUGACCGUGGUGACUUCGCAUCCAGAGAUCCCUAUGAAGAUGCUCCACAGAGAAUUGGAUACAAUGCCACUAUUUCAGCGCCACAUAUGCACGCAGCUGCUCUCGAAUACCUCCAGAACCACCUGGUCGCUGGUGCAAAUGCUCUCGAUGUCGGUUCGGGAAGUGGAUAUUUGACAGUUUGCAUGGCAAUAAUGGUUGGACAAACAGGAACUGUUGUUGGAAUCGAGCACAUGUCGGAAUUGGUAGAAUUGAGCACAAAGAACAUCAAAAAACAUCACAGUGAGAUGAUAGAGAAUGGAAACGUCGUUAUGAUUGAUGGAGACGGUCGUCAAGGGUAUGCAGAGAAGGCUCCAUACAAUGCGAUUCACGUUGGAGCAGCUGCGGCAGGAGUCCCCAAGGCGCUCACUGACCAACUGGCUGACGGAGGAAGAAUGAUGAUACCAGUGGAACAAGAAGACGGAAAUCAGGUCUUCAUGCAAAUCGAUAAAAUCAACGGGAAGAUUCAUGAGAAAAUCGUGGAGCAUGUCAUCUACGUACCGUUGACAAGCCGUGACAAGCAAUGGAGUCAUCAUCAUUAA